UGCUCUGGCCCGUCCAGCGCCAUCUUCCCUCUUCAAUAGAGACCGCCGGCAUCCGAGCCACCUUCGCGCGCAGGCGCAGAAGCGGGGGCUUCGGCCCGGAGACUGAGCAGAGAAGAGUUCCGGGUCACUGGGCGAGAUUGAGUGACAUUCCUCCAUUCUAUCAUGGGCAAGAAGGGCAAAGUUGGCAAGAGCCGGCGGGACAAGUUUUAUCAUUUGGCAAAGGAGACUGGUUAUCGUUCCCGCUCUGCUUUCAAGCUGAUCCAGCUCAAUCGCCGCUUUCAGUUCCUGCAGAAAGCUCGAGCCUUAUUGGAUUUGUGUGCUGCGCCAGGAGGAUGGCUGCAGGUGGCGGCCAAGUUUAUGCCUGUGUCCAGUCUUAUUGUGGGAGUGGACCUGGUUCCAAUCAAGCCUCUCCCCAAUGUGGUGACACUUCAGGAGGACAUCACAACAGAACGCUGUAGGCAGGCCCUGAGAAAGGAGCUGAAGACUUGGAAAGUAGACGUUGUGCUCAAUGAUGGGGCCCCUAAUGUUGGGGCUAGUUGGGUACAUGACGCUUACUCGCAAGCCCACUUGACACUGAUGGCUUUGCGUUUGGCUUGUGAUUUUUUGGCCCAUGGUGGCUGCUUCAUCACAAAGGUUUUCCGUUCCCGUGACUAUCAGCCCCUGCUGUGGAUCUUUCAGCAGCUAUUCCGCCGUGUCCAGGCCACCAAGCCCCAAGCCUCUCGCCAUGAAUCUGCAGAAAUCUUUGUAGUCUGCCAGGGAUUCUUGGCUCCUGACAAGGUUGACAGUAAAUUCUUUGAUCCCAAGUUUGCCUUCAAGGAGGUUGAAGUUCAGGCUAAGACAGUUACUGAGUUGGUAACUAAAAAGAAGCCAAAGGCUGAAGGCUAUGCUGAGGGUGACCUGACUCUUUAUCACUGUACCUCAGUUACUGACUUCCUACGGGCUGCCAACCCUGUUGACUUCCUCUCCAAGGCCAGUGAGAUCUCAAUAGAUGAUAAUGAGUUGGCACAACAUCCAGCUACCACUGAGGACAUACGGGCAUGCUGUCAGGACAUCAGAGUUCUGGGGCGCAAGGAACUUAGGUCCCUACUGAACUGGAGAACAAAACUUCGGCGUUAUAUGGCUAAGAAGCUGAAAGAGCAAGCAAAAGCACUGGAUAUCAGCCUCAGCUCAGGAGAGGAGGAAGGUGAUGAAGAAUCUACCUCUGAGACCACAAGGCAACCCUCUAAGGAGGAGGAAGAGGAAGAGCAGCUGAACCAGACUCUGGCAGAGAUGAAAGCCCAGGAGGUGGCGGAAUUAAAGAGGAAGAAGAAGAAGCUGCUUCGAGAGCAGAGGAAGCAGCGGGAACGCAUAGAGCUAAAGAUGGAUCUGCCUGGAGUUUCCAUCGCAGAUGAGGGAGAGACAGGCAUGUUCUCCCUGUGUACCAUCCGAGGUCACCAGUUGUUAGAGGAAGUAACACAAGGGGACAUGAGUGCUGCAGACACACUUCUGUCUGAUCUGCCAGGGGAUGACAUCUAUGUGUCAGAUGCAGAAGAGGACAAUGAUUCAUCUCUGGACAGUGACCUGGAUCCAGAAGAGUUGGCAGGGGUUGGGGGACAUCAGGGACUGAAGGACCAACAGUGUGUGCGAUUUGCUCAACUAGAAGAUAAUAAAGAAGAGGAAGAAGAGAAUCCACUCCUGGUACCACUGGAGGAAAAAACAGUGCUGCAAGAAGAACAAACCAACCUGUGGUUCUCAAAGGAUGGUUUCAGUUGGAUUGAGGAUGAUGCUGAUGAAGCUCUGGAAAUCAGUCAGGCCCAGUUGUUGUACAAGAACCGCCAGAAGGAGCAGGAGCCGCCACAACCACUGUCACCUUCCAGUUUGAAGACUGAGAGAAAGUUUCCCCAGUACCAGAAUAAGGCCCCAGAUGAGAAAGAGGCUCCCUCAGGGGCAGGAGCCACCACUGACCCUGGAAGGGAAGGAAGUGACAGCUCAGACAGUGAGAGCAGUAGCAGUGAGGAUGAAGAGAGUUGGGGACCAUCCCGUGGUAAGAAGCAAAGCCGUGGGCCUAAGAAAGAUGACGGGUUUGAGGUAGUACCUAUUGAGGACUCAGUGAAACAUCGGAUCCUGGACCCUGAAGGCCUUGCUUUAGGUGCUGUUAUUGCCUCCUCCAAAAAGGCUAAGAGGGACCUCAUAGAUGACUCCUUCAACAGGUAUGCAUUUAAUGAAAAUGAAAGAGAGCUUCCAGACUGGUUUGUGCAGGAAGAGAAGCAGCAUCGAAUACGGCAGUUGCCUCUUGACAAGAAGGAAGUGGAGCACUACCGCAAACGCUGGCGGGAAAUCAAUGCACGUCCCAUCAAGAAAGUGGCUGAGGCCAAGGCCAGAAAGAAACGGAGGAUGCUGAAGAAGCUGGAACAGACCAAGAAGAAGGCAGAAGCGGUGGUGAACACCAUAGACAUCUCAGAACGAGAGAAAGUGGCACAGUUGCGAAGUCUGUAUAAGAAGGCUGGGCUUGGCAAGGAAAAACGUCAAGUCACCUAUGUUGUAGCCAAAAAAGGUGUGGGCCGUAAAGUGCGGAGGCCAGCUGGAGUUAGAGGUCAUUUCAAGGUGGUGGACUCCAGGAUGAAAAAGGAUCAGAGAGCACAACAACGUAAGGAGCAGAAGAAAAAACACAAACGUAAAUAAGGAGACUGUAAAACUUAGCAGGUCCAGCUAACCCUGGUAUCCUUGGUACCAGUUUUGCCCUUACUUGUAUCACAGAGGUCUAAGAUGCCAGGAACGUGGUCCUAAGUGGUGAGAAGGACAUCUUCCUGCCUUUAGGACGGUUUCCCAUAAAAGCACCAAGGGAGCUGCUUUGUUGGUGCUGUGACAGUCUAUUACCCUUCUGUGAAGAACAGAGUGGUGGAUGAAACAUCUAAAUCUUAAGGGAAAGUUCAGUGUGGUGUUUUGUAUGGACCUCUUGCAUCUCACCCAUCCCACUCCAUUACUGAAUAAAACAAUAUCAGUGCUGGACUGUUCCAGAUCAUAA